AAAGAACUGCCGCCUCCAUGUGCCUCCUGUUGUGAUGGUUCUGUAUUUCUCUUAUCAGGCUAGUUAUCUGCUCUCCCCCGUUAAUAACUGAGCCCAGGUAUACGAUAAACAUUCUUAAGUAUACCAAUUCUGUACGAUUUUAUUUUUAGAUUUAACUUAGGUUGCUGCGCUUUAAUGGCUAGUUUGAGGUAAUGUAUGUAUGGGAUUAAAGCUAAGUGGCUAAUUCGUUGAGCUAGCAUGAGCGUGUGUUUCAGCCAGUGUACAUAAUAUUAGCACGUGUGGGACAAAGUGAGCUCAGCAUCAUCUGUUUGGGAUUUAUCGAGAUGUAAAGUGCAACAGCCCAUUGUAAAAUUACCGUUUUCAUCGUCGGUAUUCUAAUUAUAUGGAACGCAAUGGCCUCUGAAGAUAUUGCUCAGAUUACGAAGGCUCUGGCCAAGACUCAUGUUGGAGAAGUGGAAUUAAGUUAUAAGGGACGAGGGCUGAAGUUGGACAAUGCUGAGUCGGUGAAAGAGAUGGUGAAGGAGAUUGAACAGUGUCAGGGUUUGCAGUCCCUCAGAUUAGAGGGAAACACACUGGGGGUUGAGGCAGCACAGGCCAUUUCCAAGGCUCUUGAAACUAAAAAUGAAUUGGAGCAAUGUCAUUGGAGUGACAUGUUCACGGGUCGCCUUCGCUCUGAAAUUCCACCUGCUCUGAAAUCCUUGGGCAAUGCUUUGAUAACAUCUGGGGCCAGACUGACUCAGCUGGACUUGAGCGACAAUGCCUUCGGCCCUGAUGGUGUAAAGGGAAUUGAAAGCCUCCUGAAGAGCCCUGUGUGCUACACUUUACGUGAGCUCAGGCUUAAUAAUUGUGGCAUGGGCAUUGGAGGGGGGAUGGUCCUGGCUUCUGCAUUGACUGAAUGCUACAAGCAAUCUAGUGCAGCUGGCUCCCCCCUGAAGUUAAAAGUCUUCAUUGCUGGACGUAAUCGUCUGGAGAAUAACGGUGCCACUGCACUUGCCAAAGCAUUUAAGGUGUUAGGCAGUCUUGAGGAGGUCCAUAUGCCACAGAACGGAAUCAACCAUCCUGGUAUCACGGCUUUAGCCGCUGCCAUGAAGCACAACCCAGACCUCCAGGUCCUCAACCUCAAUGACAACACUUUUACUAAGAGAGGAUCGAUAGCCAUGGCAGAGAGCAUUAGGUACCUCCGUUUUCUUAAGGUCAUCAAUUUUGGGGACUGUCUGGUACGCUCAGAAGGUGCUAUUGCUAUAGCAGGGGCCCUUAGAGAUGGACUGCCAUUCCUCAGGGAGCUAAAUUUGUCAUUUGGAGAGAUUUGCGAAGCUGCCGCUUUGGUAGUUGCAAAGGCUGUUCAGGGUAAAGCUGAUCUGGAGAAACUGGACCUUAAUGGAAACUGCUUUGGAGAGGACGGCUGUGAGGCUCUCAGGGAAGCGAUGGAGAGCAUGAACAUGGAAGAGCUGCUGGGCUCGCUCAGUGAUGAUGAAGGAGAGCCUGAUGAAGAUGAUGGAGAGUCUGAUGAAGAUGAUGAUGAGAAGGAGGAUGAUGAUGAGGGGGAGGAGAAGGAAAAUGGUGUCAAUGGAACAAAAGAUAUCAUUGAAGAAAAGGAAGAGCCUCGCUGCAGUUCUGAGUUUACAUCCUUCCUCAUCUCCCCGUCGGCUGAGAAACUGAUAUCCUUUGGAGCCAAAAGGAUCCAGCUCAUUGAACAGGUUGAUGUUUCAGAUGCUAGUAAGGUGUCAGAAGUUUUUCUCAAGACCUCCUCUGUAUAUGAAGAUAAACCGGAAGUAAAGCAAGCUGUUUUUGAGACCACUGAUGCCCUGUUAAGGAAAGCCUUUUCCAACUCCCACUCUCAGUCUUCUAGUUUGAUCUUUUCGCUGAUAGUGAAACUGGGACUUUUAAAGAGUGAAGAUAAAAAGAUAAAGAAGGUGUCUGUACUGCCUGGACACUUGCUCGCUUUGGAGCAUGCAGCUGCACAGGAGUUUUUCCCAGUGGAUCAGGCUGUCAUUCUGGAAGCAUUUGUGUCACGAAAUGGCAAAGUCUUAGAAUCCUGCUCCAGUGCCAGAGAUGCUCUCAAAACCACAUUGGUGAAAAGGACCACUGCUUAAAUCUUAAACCCCAAUGCAGAGCCAGUGAAAUUACUCAAUACGGGUCAAAUAAUAAUAAUAAAAAAGAAGUUGAAUAGGAUGUAUGAAACUCUCUAAACUAAUGAUUUAGUUUAUCUUUGAUCAAUUUUGGCAUGGAAAUCUCAGACAACUGCAAAGUACAGUGAUAACUAGUGCCUCAUGAUGACUAACCAAAACUGAAUUUCCUUACAGAAGAACUGUAGACAGUUGGAGUAGCUUUGAAGAGUGGUGUGUUCUUUUGUCUCUUUUUAGAAAUACUGUCUAUUUUUAUACAUAAAAGGGAAAAUAUGGGGAAAAAAAGGCACUGGAUGAUUAUUAGGGCUUCAUUAUUGCUUAAACCUUAAAUGAUUAUAAUGUUAUAACUGUGAAAUUUCUGAACAAUGAUUUUAAAGCAUGUUCACUCUCUCAUGCCUUGGAUUAUAUGUGCCAUAUUGUGAAAUAUUGGUGGCGGAAUUUGUUUAAAACCAAAUUCAAGUAUAAACACUGAAGGGUCUUUGGAUUGAAGUGAAGUAAAGGUGGUUGGACAUUAGUGUAUUUAAUACUACAACUGGUAUGCACUGAAUAUUAUAUUUGCAACAUUCCAAUUUGUUGUUAUUAAACUUUUUUUCUUGA